AUGGAAGACUUGAUGGCUACUAUGGGUGACUUGGUUACUCGACGGAUCGCCUUGCGAACCGAGUUGGCAGAAGUCGAGGAGAAUAUCGCGAUUCAGGUGGCAGCUGUACGCGAGGAAGGUGCUCGUCAGGCAGCUAUUCGUGAGGCAGCUGGAGGGGAUGAGGUCUUCGCGAAUGCUGAUACAGUCGAUCCGACCCCUACUUCUAGAGAUGACGCCGAUAACGAAGGCAACAAUGACAACGAAAACGACAAUAACGAUGUCGACGAUAACCUCCAAAUUGCAUUCGACUUCGAGGGUGGGUUUGAUGGGAUGAUGGUGCCGAUCUUUCCUGAGGCACCAGGCUCUCCAGAGACUACAUCCUCGUCAGGCGCAGAGAUUAUCACCUCGACACCGCCCCAACCUUCCAAGCUGUCACUUCGUGACACCAUGUCUAUUACAUCUUGGCAAGGCCGGCCCAUUGACUCCCGAUUCAAGCCUGACCAGUGGCUGUCUGAGAAGCCCAGCGAGUCCUUCUCAAGAGACUUCCUCUGGAGGAUUGGUAGAGCCCGCUUACACAACACCCUGCGUCCCGAGAUUUUUGUCCUCAUGCUCGCCCAUCCCAACGCUGCGGGAUGUCCUGCCAACGAAGCUUGCCACCACUGGGAGUUGCGCUGGGAUGAUAGACCCCGAAGAGAGCCUGGAACCAUUGAGCUGGAGCUGAUCUGCCUUGAUAAGCGUGAUCGCGGAGAUUAUAUUUCUCCCCCCGAUAAGGAGUUCCAUAUGCUUGAUCAGCAUCAUGCUAACCCCAUCAAAUGCAAUCCAUGCUUCUUGUUCAAUGGUUUGAAGCCUGACUUCAGCAGUCUGGAUGGGACUAAUCUUGAUGUGGUUUUGUUUCGACUGCUUGAGCCUAAUGACGGCGAUAUUGGUGAACCCGUUGAGGGGCGGGAUGAAUUCGAAGGCAAUAAUCUUGAUCACCCGUUUGAGAAGAUUGGGUGGGAUGAAGUCCAUAAGUACAUGGAUCGCUGGGGUCGUCACCUCGCAACUUUGUUGCGUGAGUGA